AUGGAUCCAUCGACCGAUAAGGGACCCAAGAGGCGACUGUCGGUGGAACAGAAGGAGAAUAAGAAAAAGUUGGACCAGAGAAGAGACCAGACACGAGUGAACCUAGGGCGAGCUUUUGCGGAAUGGCGUCAAAGUAUUGAAAAAUCCUCUUCAUCUUCCUCCUCCACCUCCUCCUCAUCCUCCUCCGACAGUUCUUCCUCAUCAUCUUCUUCAGAAAGAGGGAAGAAGAAGAAGAAGAAGAAGAGGAACAACAGCAACAACAAAAAAGACAGCAAGAAAAAAAAAGGGAAGAAAGGAAACAAAAAGAACACCAAGAUAGGAAAGAGAGUCCUCACCCCAGAAGAGUCCAUGGAUCGCUACAGGCACGUCUUUGUAGCAGUGAAAAAGGGCAUGACAAAAACUGAGGCAUACCUCAAAGUCGGGGUUGACCGAAAAACGUUGGCAGCAACGGCCGCCAUUUCGGAGCUACAUGCUGUUGACAAAGACCUAGCAAAUACGUCGUUCCACGCCGUGCUCGCCAGCAGCAACACCCCCUCAUCCAAGACAUAA